AGAGAGAGAGGGAGAGAGCAGUAUUUUUAAUUUUAUUUAUUUAUUUUGUUUUUGUGGGAGAGCAGAAAUAGAAAGGAAGAGGAGAGAACGGAUAUGAUAUUUUAUUGAUGGUGAAGUAGGUAGAGAUUAGAUGACGACGUUAAUGAUGAAGGCGCAACCAUUUCUUCAGCUUCAAUUGGAUUCUCCCGGCGCUCUUCUUCCUCAAUCGCUCCCCGUCGGCGUCGUCCACUUCAACCGUCAAUGGCGACGUGUCUCGCCACCCGUUUCGUCUCAGCACAGCAGUUGCAGAAUGACUCUCACCGAACCCCACCGCCGGAACCGGAAGAGUGUCGGAGUCUCCUCUGCGGGCCAAGAGAAGACUGAAUUACGCACUUCCACCGAUCCAGUACAAGCGCAGGAUGAUGAGACGGCCGACCCCGAGGACAUCGAUUACGUCCGCCAAAUCCAAAGAGCGUUGGAGCUUCUCAAGAAAAACAGAGAUAUGCUCUUCAGCGAGGUUAGAUUGACUAUCCUGAUCGAGGACCCAAGGGAAGUUGAACGCAGGAGACUCCUUGGAAUUGAAGAUCCCGAUGCCCCAACCAGGGAGGAUUUAGUUGCUGCCCUCGAUCAAGUCAAUGAAGGAAAAGUGCCAGACAAUCGCCUCGCUUUGCGAGUGCUGGCUGAGGAAAUGUCCCAAUGGCCCAAUUUGGAGGUUGAGGCGCCAAAGAAAAAGCCAAGCAAAUCUCUCUAUGCAAAAGCUACAGACACUGGUGUUGACCCUAAGGUGGCUGCAAAGAGGCUGAAUAUCGAUUGGGACUCAGCUGCUGAAAUUGAUGAUUCUGAUGCAAAUGACGAGGCAGAAGUGCCUCCAGCUGUGGGCUAUGGAGCGCUGUAUCUGGUGACAGCUUUUCCAAUCAUCAUUGGUGUUUCCGUCGUGUUGAUCUUGUUCUAUAAUUCUCUCCAGUAGAAACUAGCCGUUGAUCAUUAAAGCCUUUGUAUUAUUAGUAUCUCUUUUGUAGAUAAAUAUGCAGACUGAAGAGUACAGACGAUUUGUAACAUUUCUUCUUCUGUAAAUGAAAUACAAUAACCUUAAAAGAAAUUUUGACCAGGAA